AUGGCCACCCAACCCACUUUAUCAUCGACUAUAUACUCUUCCAUUAAAUCAAAACAAUCAGAAAAGAGGCCAAUUAUACAAAAAAAUUAUAGAAUAGUCAGUGGUAUAGUAUUAACACGGUCACCACAAAUUCUUCGAGAUUUACACCCAUUUGAAAAAGAAUAUUAUAUGUAUCAACAAAAGUUGGAACAGGUACUUUCACCACCCUUUCCGGUAGAUUUUUAUUUUAAAAAAGGUAGUAUAGCAGAAACCAAAUGGAAAGCAAGAGAUGAACAAAAUAAAAAAAAUGCUUUAGCAAUUUUUAGCAGUUUUAAGAAUAAUAAAACCAAUUCUGAAGAUAAUAAGGAGAAAGAAAGUAUUUUUAAAGGCUAUGAUGUUGAGGAAGAAGAAAUUAAAAUUGCUAGUAGAAUAACUCAAGCCGAUUUAAGCAAUGAUUUAAAAUCGUUGGAUAGAGCAUUACAAAGAACUUUAUAUCUUAUAGUAAAAAAACCAAGGGCUGAACAUGAUUGGCAAUUUCCUCAAGGUGGUGUAAACCAAAAAGAAACGUUAGUUCAAGCUGCGUAUAGGGAAUUAGAGGAGGAGUGUGGUAAAAAGAUGGAUGUUUGGUUUGUAGGUAGAAGACCGAUUGGUUACUAUAAAUAUACCUAUCCAAAAGGUUUUGUAAAGGAAGAUAUAGAAACUAGAGGAGCCAUGGUGUUUUUUAUGAAAGCUCACAUAUUUGCGGGACAAGUACAAGUAGAUAAUGAGGAAAUUGUGGACUUUGCUUGGGUUACAAAACAAGAGAUGGAAAAUUUUGUUUCAAAGCAAUAUUAUGCUGCUGUUAAAGAUAUGCUUUCGGAAUUUUAG